AUGGUUCAAACUGUCCUCGUCACCGGUGCAACCGGAUACAUCGCCCUCCACAUUGUCAACGAACUCCUCAAGGCCGGAUUUGCAGUUAUUGGUACUGUGAGAUCUGCUGAGAAGGGCAAGCUCCUGGACAACUUCAAGACCCUCUAUCCAGACUCCAAGCUGACCCUUGAGUUUGUUGCUGAUAUCGCUCAGUUGGAUGCUUUUGAUGAGGUCGUCAAGAAGCACCCAGAAAUUGACUUCAUCCUCCACACUGCAUCGCCAUUCUCGUUCGGCCUUGGUGAGAACAACGAAGAUGUCUUCGUCAAGCCAGCCAAGAACGGAACCAUUGGUAUCCUCAAUGCUGCCAAGAACUACGCUCCUAAUGUCAAGCAUGUGGUUGUGACUUCUUCUCUGGCUGCUGUCAUGGAUUACGACCAUCUUAAAGAUCACUCAUAUGUUCACACCGAGGAAUCGUGGAACCCAAUGGAUUGGGAAACCGCAAAGACAAACCCAGCUUAUGCAUACUGUUUCUCUAAGACCAUUGCAGAGAAGUCCGCCCGUGACUUUAUCAAGACGGAAAAGCCAAACUUCACUCUCUCCACGGUUAAUCCUGUGUACGUGUUUGGUCCUCAAAUGUUUGAGGAGACUGCUGGAAACCUCAAUACUUCUUCCGAUUUGGUUAACAGUGUUCUCAACCUUGCUCCAGAUGCCAAGGGUCCUUUCAACGAGCCUUCCGGUGGUGGAAUCGACGUCCGUGAUGUCGCUCGUGCCCAUCUGAUCUCUAUCCAAGACCCAGUCAAGUUCAACGAUGCCAGACUUGUCAUGGUCUGUGGUAAGCAAAAUCCUCAGAAAUUUUUGGAUAUCUUGAACGCAAGAAUUCCUGAAUUGAGGGGAAAGAUCCCAGUUGGUGAUUCCGCCGCCGGAGCGAAGUACAUUGAGGAGAACGUUUUGACUUAUGAUUUCUCCAAGAGUGAAGCUCUCUUUGGCCAGAAGUACAUCACUUUGGAGGACAGUGUUGUUGAGACAGCAAAGCAGGUUUUGGAUUACAAGAAGACCCACCAGUAA